UGUGCAAUGAAUUGGAUAUUGGCAAAAUCAGCAAUCUUGGAACGUUUCCCAGUAGUUCGAACGCCAACGCAUUCUAAACAUCGUUAAAAUGAACGCCACAAUCCUGUACGUUGACGCUUGCAAAUGCAUGCUUUCACUUGAGGCUGGUAAUCAGGCAGUUUCGGAUCAACUGAUCCAUCUACUGCCAAAACUCCGUCAAGCUUUGUCAUGUCGAGUUUGCCGCCGCUUGUUGAUUGAUCCAUAUGGAUCUCACCUUUGCCAGCAUUAUGUUUGCAAAGGCUGCCUUCGAAAGAAAAGAUCUCUUAACCCUGGAUGUCGUUGGUGCACAAACUUGGAAAAGCUAACGGAGGACAGACAGACUCGAAUUCUUCUGGCCUGUUAUCAAAAGCUUUGCGAAUGCAUCGCCCAGAAGACAGCGAUUAUUCAAAGGCUAGCGAUUGCGCCCCAAAAUGGCGAGUACGACAAAACGCUUGCGAUUAUUCAAGAGGCUGUCACAAGUCCGAUCUCACUUGCUAACUGUCAGAACGAGCAGUCUAAUCAGGUACCCGCAAACAACACCCCAGCCAGAGAAUCAAAUUCCUCGAUUUCCAGUUCGGGCGGGAAUUCGAACAUGGCGUCCGAGUCACGUGUCAACGAGGUCAAACUUCCGCCGGAAGUAAAAAUUCUGGCUCCUCAGAAAAUUGCUCGGAUUUUAGCUGAACCAGCAGCAAGCAAAAAUCACAAGGAGAAAAAAAGGAAGAGAAAGCCAUUUAAAGGGACUUACUACAAUUAUGGCAAAAAGAAAAAGACUUCACUUAGGUUAACAGUGAGUGCACCAAAUUUGUCCUCUAACUCUAAGGCAACAGGGGGAGUGGAUAUGGAUACUGAGACCCUGGAUUUUGGAACCAAAAAUUCUGCUCAAAAAAUUUCAAAAGAAGAAGAAGGAGAGGAGAGCAUGGACGUUGAUGUUGUUGAUAAUAUGGAAGUUGGACAAAAACUGGAACAACAAAAACAACCAGUGACUGUAACUCCACCUGGAAAGAAUAGACUGAAAAAAGGUAAGCUAAAGAGGUGUGCAUGCGGAACAUCAUCCAAGUUACAGAAUACCCGUUGUGUAAGUACACGUUGCCCAUGUUUCAAUGAUGGAGGUUCAUGUGAAUGUUGCCCUUGUUUGAAUUGUGGUAAUCCUUUUAAUAAUAACAAUGACAAGUUGUUGUCAGAUGAUGGAUGUAAGCUGAGGAAUCAUCAGUUUUUAAAAAGUGAUCCUGUACACUGAUUUGUGACAAACUUGCAGUUCAGUGCAUUAUCUCUAAGUGGAGAGAUUUGGUAGUCAGAAAUUCCUACUGGAAGCCUUUUAACAACCUGGUGGUAUGAUUACUUCAAAAAAGGCGCUAUCACCCACCCUUGGCUUUUUAAAUUUAUGUACAUAUACAGUUGCUAAGUAGCGGUGGUACUGACAAAGGCUACUGACUACUCCAUAACAUUCAGCAAGUAGAGUCUGUUCCAAGAUAUUUUACAGUACGUCCUAGUGUAUUUUCCAAUGAAAGAUCAUUGUGCUUGACUUGUUUCAAAGGAUGGGAGUCAAAGGAUAUUGUGAGCACUUAUACACAGAUCUACAUGCGCACUGACCAGAAUGAAACAAUCAACAGUCGUUCGGUGUGUUCCUGUACAAUGAAUAUCUGGAGCAGGAUCACUUAUCCAAGAAUCCUAGAUCAGUCAGGUCAUAGCACAUCAAAGGAACCAACAAAUCCACCCUGGGAAAUCAUUGAUCAGUUCAUUUGAUGUACCAUGAUCAGAGUGAUAUCGCAUCACUGAUCCUGAUCCGGAUCAUCCCAAAGGAAUGCACCUUAAAUGUAUAACAGUUGAAAUCUGCUCCAUAGCUCCUUAAUAUUUUGCCGUGGUGUCUACUGUUUAGGCAAUAGGCAAUUAGUAUUAGACAGCAGGGUCCAGUUAUUCAAAUGUUGGAUAGUGCUAUCCACUAGAUAAAUGGCUAUCCAGCAGAUAAAUGUUAGGGGAACCAAUUGUGCUAUCCAGUGGAUAGAGAUUUUUCUGUUGGAUUUAGCUUUGAACAACUCGCACCAGAGCAAUAUUAGCACAUAGCAGUACCAGGGAGCUAAAAAAACUUCACCUUGAUGGAGGUAAAAAUGUCACCAGAAGCAUCAAAUGUCCUCUCUCAAACUUGUUGUUUUCUUAGCCUUGCAGCCACCUCACAAAAGAAAGAUGAUGUAAUUUGGUAAUGAACGUUGCAUGUUUUGUUGGACACCAUUUACACUUUGACCUCCAUAUGGCAGCCUUUCACAUA